CGUGGUACCGGUUGUGUGGGGCAGACAGAGCUGGCUGCUGGUGGAUCCCACUGGGGCCAAGCAGGCACUGCUGCCUCCCUCAGCGAGGGGUGCUGAGGGAGAAUGGAGGCAGAGGAGGAGCGGGGCUGGGGGCCCCAAGCAGGAACACGGCCCAAAAUGCUCCCACGGAGCCAACUGCAACUGAGCCCUGGCGAGGAGCAGGAGGGCAGAGAAACACGCCUGAGAGUGGUGCUGAGGGUCCGACCACUAACCUGCACAGAGACGCGUCGGGGUGACCGGCACGCGGUGCACAGCCUGGGCAACGGCACCGUCCAUGUGAGUGCAGCCAGGCACGAUGCCACCUUCACCUUCAGUGCCGUUUUUGAUGCGGGUGCCUCACAGGAGGCCGUCUAUGAGGGCAGCGGCAUGCAGCAGCUGGUGGAGCUGGCAGUGGAAGGCUUCUCCUGCACUGUUUUCGCCUACGGACAGACAGGCUCGGGAAAAACCUACACCCUGAUGGGCCCUCUGGGACAGAGUGAUGCCCCAGGGCUGCUGGGGCUGAUGCAGCGGUCCUUCUCCUGCCUCCUGGAGCACAGCCGUGGCACCGGCCUGGCGCUCAGUGCCUCCUACCUGGAGAUCUACAACGAGCAGGUGAGCACCCACCCAGCCCCAGUGCCAACCCCACUGACAUCUCCUGACUCCUCUGCCACUCCCAAGGUCAGGGAUCUGCUGAGUGCAGGGCCGCCACGCUCCCUACCCCUGCGCUGGAGCAAAACUCGUGGUUUCUACGUAGAAAACCAGCUCAGCGUGGAGUUUGAGAGCUUGGAGGCUGUCAUCGAGCUGCUCCUGCAAGGUUCCCAAAGGCGACGGACCUCUGCGCACGCCCUCAAUGGGCACUCGAGCCGCAGCCACGCCAUCCUGACCAUCCACAUCCACAGCCGAGCACCUGGCACCAGCAAGCAGGGCACGCUGUGCUUUGUGGAUCUGGCCGGCAGUGAGCGAGUGAAGGACACCGGCUCCAGCGGGGAGCUCUCCGUGGAGGCCAACAACAUCAACCGCAGCCUCCUGGCCCUGGGACACUGCAUCUCCCUGCUGGCCAAGCCCCGAGGAAAGCGGAUGCACAUCCCCUACCGGGACAGCAAGCUCACCCGGCUGCUGGCCCGCUCACUGGGCGGCUCAGGGGUCACACUGAUGGUCGCCUGCGUCUCCCCAUCCUCGCGCUGCCUCUCAGAGACGCUGAGCACGCUGCACUACGCCAGCAGAGCCCGCAGGGUCACCACCAGACCCACGGCCAACAGGGUGCCUCGGGAGAAGCUGCUGCAAACCUUAGAGGAGGAGAUUCGGGCACUGCAGCUGGAGAACCUCUCCCUGCGGCAGCAGCUCAGCCUGCCCAGGAGCAGGGAGGUGCCAGAGCCUGGGGGGCUGCACUGCCCCCCCCUUGAAGGGCAGCUCCCAGCGGAGGGAGCUCCAGCCUGGUCCAGCCUCUAUGGCCUGCUGCGGGACUUUGUGGUGGAAAAUGAGCAGCUCAGGCAGCCCCAGCUGCUCCCAGGCUCCAGCAGUGGUGACAUGCCGACAAUCCCAUCCCACAGCCAGGCCCCACACCGGAGCAUCCACAUCCCAUUCAGCCACCCCUCAUGGCCCCGGCACCCCAACAUGAUGCCCAGCUCUGCACAUCGGCUGCCGAAGCUGCCUCCUGCCUCCAGCUGCCCCCAGUGCUGCACCAAUGCCACUGUGUCCCAGGUAGGAUCAGUCCCACUACAGAGGGUGGCAGGGUGCGGGGGCAACCCGAUGGCUCUGCUUGGCUCCCACAUACUGCCUGUCCCCAACAAGGGAAGUGCCAGCCUCCCGCUGCCUGCCCAGGAUGAUGGCACCAUGCCCAGCUGUUGGCCGCAGAAGGGAAAGCGGAGCCAGGGCAGGAGCUGGAGCUCACUGCGGCAGCCACGGGAUGGCCAGGAGGCAGCGGGCACCGAGGGAAGGGUCGUCCCUUCAGCCCCACCGUGGCCAGGACCACCAGAGCCCAGAGCUGCCGGAGCCAUCCCUGUGCUGCAGUGGGAAGAAGCCUUGGAGUGGCUGGAGGAGCUGAUCUGAGCACUGCACUCACACCGUGAUAGGGACACUUGGGGGACAACGGCAUGCUACAG